UUUCCGGUUGUAAAUCUACAAUUUUCAUGAAGCCUUAUGGACUACUUCUCCAGCUUAUCGACAUUCCUGCAUGUGGACAUAAAUUGACAUGAAUUUCCCAGAGACAAAUUUCCCAGCCUGCCAGACUUCUAAGACAGAAAGACGAGAGGUGUUCUAUGAGUAUGGUUCUCAUGGUUAUGUAGAUGUUACCGGUAUUUAUGGACAGAAUAAUGAAGUCUUUUGUCAGAAGGUCCCAGAAGGUUUCCAGAAGAAGGACUUUCUGUGUGCUAGACGACCAACACUGCCUCUGUCAUCAACUCCAGAAUAUGUGUACACCACCUAUACCAAUGAUCAUAUGAAGGAGGUAUUGAAAGUUCAUGAAGAAGCUCUAAGUUUCAGAACGUGUAUAAAACGUUUCAAUUUAAAACAUAAAACACUAUCUGAGAAAGUGAAGAAAGAGAUAGAAGCUUACUAUUUGUCAUCAUCUGGUACAAGCAAACUAACAAAUGAUAUACUACAGAAACUGACUCAACAGUACCAGAGGUUUCGGAACUGGCCGGAUAUUCCUAAAACUAGCUCUGAGUAUGCAGGUGGAUGUGUGUCAUAUCUACUGGGGUCAAGGACAGCUGAUACAAACUCUGAUGUCCGUCUGGUGUCUGCAACAGGAAACGACCUGUCACAGCUACGAAUCACAGAUAUCACGAUCAACCAACAAGAUUUGACUUUGCACAAAACUAAGCAUGAGGUGAUUGGAAACAUGCCCCUGAGAGAGGUGACUGCCAAGUGUGUCUCGGAUACAGAUUACCUAGCUGCACGAGGCCUUGACACGUGUAGGCUCUACAGUAACAGACAAGACAGCAGUACCUUUACCCCUGUUGGGCUUGCUCACUUCACCGCACAGCAGGGGCAUCCAACCUCGGUUCAUUUGAGUGACUACAUUCCUGGUGAUUGUUUGGUAUCAACUACAACUGGAGCUGUGUAUCUCUGGUCUCCUGACAAUAGACCAGAACAGGUGAUUGGAAGCAGGUCCACCAGGUUUAUGUGUUCAUUACCAUGGAGACGGGCAGAGUUUGGAGCACAUCCUCGAGAAGUUAUUGCAUCUGACCCAACUGUUGUACAACUGUUUGACAUUAGGAGAAGUCCUGGGCAGCAGGGUGUUGACCUGUUUGCAUUGCCUAGUCCCCUGGUGAUGUUAGGGGAGAGGAUUCAUCUAAGUACACAAUCUACAGCAUCAGAAUUUCAUCACUUUGUUGCUUGUAACUACAGUCUCUUCUUGAUUGACCAGCGGUUUCCUUCAACACCGGUGCUGAGUUGGAAACACAUGUUGGUCAACCCUCCACAGUAUUUAGAAGGAGUGAACUUUCCUACCAAAGAUCACAGCAUCCUCUUGAUAGCUAGUCAGAGUCCUCCAGAAGUUUGCUGCUACACAUACAAGUGUAGCUCAGGGAUGGCAGCCCAGGCUUUAGGUGCUCCCUGGCGAGUGUCAAGGAUUGAUGAUGUAUUUUAUCAUGGGGCUGUGUGUGGAGGUACACCAGAGAUUGUGUUGACAGACAGGUUCAACACAUCAUUAACAGGUAUAACUGCUGUGCCUGUGGACGAGGGUUUCUUUGCAGUCCAGAUGGACAGCUACGGAGAAGUGUUUUAUCAGGGUUACACUUUCUCUAGUAAAGGGCAUGACAAGACCUGCUCAGUUGAGAGCGAUAGCAAACCCUGGGAUGACAUCACAAUCAAGAAGGGGCGCAAAUGGAUCUCAAGAUAUCUUAAAAAAAAAGAAAAGAAGAAAGACAAUGAUUCCAAAAAUCUGCUGACACCAAAGGAAAAAGUUGGCAUUACAGAUAUGUCUUUGGCAAAAAAGCCCCACAUCAGAUGUCCAAUUUGUCACCCAGACAUUGAAAGAAUGGACAAUGAUACAGACACUGACCAGUGUCCAGUCUGUUGUCAGAGCUUGGCCACUGGUCAUCAGCUAAUACAGUCAGGGAUGAGAGUGGUAGGAUACGGGCCUGAUGACCACAAACAUUCAUACUCUACUCGGUAUUCUAUAGGAAAUUUUGAAAUACCUUGUGCACAGAACAGGAGGACAGAGAAAGAAGAAAGAUUUCCAGAGACAAAUGCCUUGAGUAAGAUUCUAAAGGCCUUGUGGGAGGAAGAAAGUCCUGAUCUCACAGCCCUGUUAAAAGAAAAGGAUGAAGAAGUGAACAAGAAGAAAGAAGAAAAUAAGGAAAAGAGACAGAAAAAGUCCAACAAACUUGAGGAUGAGGAUCAACAAUUGAUUAGAAAUCUUCAAAUUGCUGUGGAUGCUGGAAAUCAGUCACUGCCACUAGGGGAUACUAGUAAUGACAACAUGGAGUCAAGUAUAAACAAUAGAGAACCUGGAAGUGAUGGCGAAGACAGUGAUACUAGUUUUCAUAGGCUAUUCGGUAUUGAUAUAAGUACACUGAGGGAAGAGGAACAUCAGCUAGAAAAUGACAUUGCCCGAUCAACUGGUGUCACAACUGAUGAGGGACAAGAAAACAUUUCAGUUAGAUCACAAGAUUUCUUAAUACACUCGAAGAAAAGAAAAAAACGCUUAUCGUCAGCAGUUUUGUUUUCUGAUGAUCCAGGUGAAGAAGUUGUAGGACAGCCAACAGAUCAUCAUGAGGCUGUCUCUACAGAUGAAAGUUACAUGCUGAUGCAAUCAGCUGAUAUCAUGGAUGAUAGGGAUAGUGAAUUCUUCUCUCAAGAUAUUGCACAGUCUUUUAGUAUGUUUUCAGAAUCAAUAUUGACUAACGUCACACCCACACCUCGUGACCCAAAAAUACCUUCAUUCACCUCAAAAAUGAAGUCACAUACGACAGUGAUUAAUUCUCCCAAUAAAGACUGGAAAUUGUCCAAGAAACGUAGCAAAAUAUCAUACCAAGGAUUUUAGUUCAAAGUUUGAUUAUGUUGUAGUUACUGCUAUGUUGUAGCAUACACUUUAGCUCUCUGCACUAUGUGACAGUGAGUUAAUGAUAUGGUGUAGUAUCUGUUAUCUACUAGUCAAGAAUUUACUUUUCACUGCUUCUUGUUGAGUGAAAAAUGGUAAUAAACAGGUCUUGGUAUUUGACUAGUAAGUAAAUUGGGAAAAAUGCAAUAAAAAUAUCUCAUAAAAAACGAGAGUGUGUGUAUUACCUAUAACAGCAAUGCUAGGGUAAUCAGUUGUGAACAUUUUUUUUCUUAUAGAAAUCCAAGGAAAAAUGUCAUAUUCAUCACUGAUCAGGAUCAAAUAUUAAUAUGAUCUAUAAUCUGAGAGAGAUGAGACUUUGUAAUACUGCUUUUGAUAAGAUUGUUGUAGUGCAAUUGGUUUAUGAAACAUGCCAUUCAGGCCUCUCGUCAGAUAUUUCCAAAUUUACAAUUAUAGUGGGAUAUGUUUUGUCUUCAGAUCUUGUCAGAGACUUUGAGUUGAUUUUGUAAUGUGUACAUUAUUAGUUCACCUGAGACAAAGUCUUAUGUUUACUUAUUACAAACACCUUCAUUCGGCAUUGUGCUUCAUGUGUUGUGUGUCUGUAAACAAUUUAACAUUUUUGACUUCUUCUUGAAAACCACUGAUCCAAUUUCAUUAAAAAAAUUUCAGAAACCUCUUCCCUGGCCUAAGAUGAAAGAAAAUUGUAAUUAUACAGUACCCACCCCACAGGGGCCGGAGGGGUCAAAUUGACUUAAAUUUCAAAAUAUCUUCUCAACACCCAGAUAUGGUAGAAUCAAAUGCUCUUCAUGAAUGGAAGCAUCUUAAGGUGCUUUUAUUACCAAAAUGAGUUUCACAUUUUAUUCUGGUAAUUGUAACUGUAAUUUUCAUAGAAAAAUUGCAUUUUGGAGCAUAAUGUUGGUUAUUUCACACUGGAAAUAACUUCGUAAGAAUUAUCAGUAUAGGAUGAUAGUUUUGAUGGUAUGCAUGUAUUAACACGUGCUUACUAUAUUUAGUGCCACAAUUUCUGUUUCAUGACACUUGAUAACUAUCCUUUAACCUUUAUAUUCAAUAUUGCUUAUCUCAGGUGACCAUCAAGGCAGCUUAGGCCUCUUGUGUAGAAAAUGUGUUAUAUGAGCCUGAUCUUGGUCUGGACCAUCUGAUUGGAAGAGAACUUUCUCCUACAUCAUGGUUGAUAUAUGUCCCCAUGGCUUAUCACCAGGUGCUGAUAUUUAAUGUUAGAUGAUUUUCUAAUAUUUUUAAAUUUUGCAUCUUAGUUGUUGCAGAUUCCUUAUACACUGCCCUUAAAAAAUCUUGAACAAAUAUUUUAACAGCUUAUUUUCUUCUUUUAACUUGCAAGUCAAAAAAGUUAAAUCUUACCAUGGGAAGAUCAUUUUUAGACAUUUUACAAAUUCUUAGCAUAGAUAUAUAUUUCAAAAUUUUACAUACUAUUUCGUCUUUACAAAUUGAAAAUCAUCCUACCGUAACGGUAAUUGAAAAUAAAGAUUAUGUCAAAUUG